CCCUGAGCAGGAAUUGAACCCACCACCUUUUGAUGAACAGUGAAGCUCCAGCCAACCACAUCCUACUUUCUACUGGGGGUGAGAGAGGCAUUUACCAGCCAAGAUAAUUCCCAGAUAAUUGAUAACCCUGGUGACUAACAGGCUGCUGUAAGAAGCAGUUUAGCAUAGAUUUGAGAGCACAGUCUCUAGAGACGCACCGCAUGGGCUUCAAUCACAUACUGUUUAUAAACUGUGAUCUUGGACAAAUAGCUCUCCCUCUGAUCUUCCCUAGCCAGCCCCUUCCUCCUGUAGGUCAAGGUUUAGAUAGUAGUCCUUAGAAAUGAUCCCUGGCCACUCUAUCUAAAAUAGUCCAUUCCUGUAACUCGGGAACUUUCCUCUCUCCCUGUUUAGGUAUUGAUCACCAUGUGAAGUCAUCUGUUUGUUUUCCUGUUUAUUAUCUGUACCAUCUGCUAUAUGUAAGCUUGAUCACACUGUAUGUCUAGUGCCUGGAACAAUAGCUGAUACCUUUAUAAACUGAUACAGCUAUUGUUCCCAGGUGGUAGAGAUACCAGGACCAGUAACUGACAAGAGAUUCAUUUUCCAAGUGAAUUUCUGAGGGUGACAGCUCUUGCUGCCUCAGAGGAUCUCACAGUGAGAAGGGGGGGGACAGAGAAGUAAACAGAUAACAGAGUAAUAGGUACCAUGAUGAAGGAAGCACAGAGGAGAAGUGGAGUAUCUAACCUGGAUUGAAGAACCUAGAAGUCCAUUCCAGGGAAAUAAAAAUCUAAGCUGAGGCCUGCGGAAUCAGUAGGAAUUAGCACAGUGAGUUGGGGAGGAAAUGCUGCAAGUGAUAAGAACAGUCUGUGAAAAGGUUCUGAGAGAGCAGAGGGCUUGGUGCUUUGUGAGCAGUGAGACUAAUGUGGGCUAGUGCCACACCCUCCACUGCUUCUUGCUGACUGUUGGGCUGAGCAUCACAUUCAUGUCUGGUAGGCACUCUGCCUCUCCUCUCUGCUCACUGUUCCCUUCCCACUGCUCAGCCCUUCUGGUGUUUUUCUUCUUGCAGUUGAAGGAAAAAUUAGCAUUCUUGAAAAGGGAAUACAGCAAGACCCUGGCCCGCCUUCAGCGGGCCCAAAGAGCUGAGAAGGUUAAGAAUUUUAUUAAGAAAACAGUGAAAGCAGAAGAUUGUUUGCUCCAGCAGGAAGUUGCAUCACAGCUAAACUGCUCAGAACCUAAAACUGAAGUGUCGUCUUGUGAUGCAUUACUAAUCAACAUCCAUCUCAAUGAGGAAACUGGAGGCGUAGAACCUGAGUCCUUUAACCCUGGAUAUGGCCCAGUGGAAGGAUUAGACAUACAGAGAACAGAUGAUAUACAAGAACAUUUUGCCUACAGGGUUAGUGGUCCUGAUCGUGGGAAAAGGCAGAGUAAGCUGCCAGAGAGAAGAAAGAAGCAGCAGAUGAGAACAUUUAUUUCACAAGAGAGGGAAUCUUUCUUUGACACCGGUUCACUUAUCCUCUCUGGAAAAAGACUAAAGGAACAAGAAGAAAUUAAUAGAGAAAAUCCUGGGACACCUGUAACUAAAUUAAGAACUAACUUUCCAAGUCUUCAAUCUGACAUUCCAGAUUCUCAAGCUCCAGCCACAGAAAAUAACGGAGGGAGGGUAUUAAUUCCACCAAGUGCCAACCCACAAAGCAGCGUGGAUGCUUUCUUAGCAGAAAAUCAUUUCCCCAGGGUGCUCCCACCUCCUCUGCAUACUCCACCAGAUAGCAGUAGUGGUCAGCACCUUCAACAUAAGCCUCCUAAAAGGAACUGUGAACUUACUGCUCAAGGUUUAAAAAGCAGCCCUACCUCACCCGUAAACUUAGAGGCACGGGACAGAAAAAUGACUGUCUUCACAGAAAACCCAGAGGUAAAUAAAGCUGUAAGUCCAAGUGGCCAGCUGCCUAGAAGUCCUGACUUCGAGGCAGAUAAUGCAUAUUCCAUAAAUGAGCUCACUUAUAACUUAUCAGCAAAUGAAAACCAAAACUUACAAGAACGAAAUCACACAGAGGACUCUUUAGAACCUCCCAGUGGUGCUCUAAAUGGUAGACGUGAAUGUUUUCAGGAAAAUGAGGUUCUGAGUCAGUCUCAUAGUCUUGGCCCAGAAGUAAUCUCUCCUGUUUCUGCAGAAAAUCAAAUUCAGUCUUGCACCAUGCUCGAAGGCCUUCCUUUUCCUGCAGAAUAUUAUGUACGAACAACACGACAUAUGUCAAAUUGCCAGAGGAAAGUAGCCCUGGAGGCUGUAACUCAGAGUCACUUGGGUGUCAGAAAGAAAGGGAAUAAAAAUAAAAAAAAGAAAGUGACUAAAGUUUUAAAACUUUUCAAUGAAGAAACUAACCAAAAUGAAUUUAAGAUGUGUGACACGUGCACAGGGCAGGCAAGUUCAAGGAGUCCUUUUCAGAGACUUCUCUCAUUAACUGAAGUCAGCUCUCCUGCUGGGGGCACCAAGGAUGACUUUCCCAGGACCGCAGUUACCCAGCCAUCUGGUAGAAGACACAGAGGAAAAAGAAAGUCAGUCUGCACCCCUGCAUUACACCAUCAUGAACUACUUUUGCCCACUUCUGGCACAUCAGGUGUUAAUAGGUCCAAGGAAGAAGUCACCUUGUACAAAGAUCAGAAUGAAAAAGUUAUUCAUGGGAAGGAUGGUCACUGCCAAAAAGAGGACUCCUUUUCUUCCAGUAACAGUACCUAUUUAGCUUUGGACGGUGAUGCUUCCAAUGCUCCGUCUCCUAAGAAUGAAAUGCUAAGUUUAAAGCAACUGUUGUCUUUUCUCAAAAUCACGGAAUUUCAGUUACCAGAUGAAGACUUUGGACCUCUUAAGCUUGAAAAACUGAAGUCCUGCUCAGAAGAGCUGAUUGAGCCUUUCGGAUCAGAAGUGUAUGGGGAGAGGCAUCUAAAAGAGGGAAAUUGUAUUGUUUUGGAAGAACUGACUCCUAAACAAAUCGACAUAGAAAAGGAGGAUUUGGGAGAGGAGCUGAUUGUUCUACCGGGAAGAGCACAUCCUAAAAUGCCAAAGCUAAAAAGCCAGGCUCAGCAGAAGGGCCUUUUCUCGUCCACAUCACUCUUCACUCCUUUAAAUUCUGUGGCACCCGAUGACGACAGAGCGACGGCAGUUGUGUGCUCCCCCGUGCUCCCCUUCUUGGGCACCACUCCAGCUCUUGGCUCCCCAGCACACUGUGACAAAGUGUCUGCACCCCAACUUCCUCAUGGGAAAGCCAGUGAUAGUAAACAAUGUGACAUUUGCACCAGCCAGCCAAAAUUAGGUGGCAGCCUGCAUGUGUCAGGAAGGGAGGGACAGCCUGAUUGUGACUGUGAUUCUGUUCCCCAAGCACCACCUUUACCCAUGGAGUCAUUCCUUUUCAAAGAAAACCUGCUUUGUGGAAGCACAUGCCUAGAAUCGUGGAAGCAUCCCAUCGAACAGGCUGAAAUAGCAGACGUUCCUGUUUGUGACAGCUUAAACCCAGGCAGCCUACAGUUGGUUUCGAAAUUAAAGAAUCCUUCAGGCUCCUGCUCUGUGGAUGUGAGUGCCGUGUGGUGGGAAAUAGCUGGUGUCAAAGUGCCAUGUAUCAUAACUGCCUGUGAAUACGCAGUUUCUCUUUGGAAACCUCUGGAUGCCACGCAGUGGGAGAAAAUGUAUUCCUGGCACUUCACAGAGGUUCCCGUGUUACAGAUAGUUCCCAUGCCUGAUGUUUGUAACCUUGUGUGUGUGGCUUUGGGAAAUUUGGAAAUCAGAGAAAUCAGGGCAUUACUUUGUUCCUCUGAUGGUGAAAGUGAAAAGCAGGUGCUCCUGAGUUCUGGAAAUAUACAAGCUGUGCUUGGCCUGACAGAGAGGAGGCUAGUGAGUAGCAGCAGGACCCUUUGUGAUCAGCAAGUAGAAGUCACAACAUUUGCAGAAGACAUAGGGAGCAAAGAAAAACAAUUUUUGAUGCCUCCUGAAGAAACUGUUCUAACUCUUGCUGAGGUUCAAGGGAUGCAGGAAGCUCUGCUUGGUACCACUAUAAUGAACAAUAUUGUUAUUUGGAAUUUAAAAACUGGUCAGCUCCUGAAAAAGUUGCAUGUUGGUGAUUCCUACCAGGCUUCUGUCUGUCACAAAGCCUAUUCUGAAAUGGGACUUCUUUUUGUUGUUCUAAGUCAUCCUUGUGCCAAAGAGAGGGAGCCGUCGGGAAGCCCCGUAUUCCAGCUUAUUGCGAUCAACCCCAAGACAGCCCUGAGCGUGGGUGUGAUGCUCUACUGUCUUCCUCAAGGGCAGGCUGGGAGGCAAGUGUGCGCUGCUGGGCAGUUCCUGGAAGGUGAUGUGAAGGAUAAUUUUGCAGCAGCAGUAUUGACUUCUGGAACGAUUGCCAUUUGGGACUUACUUCUAGGUCAUUGCACUGCUCUCCUUCCACCCGUCUCUGACAAGAACUGGUCUUUUGUUAAAUGGUCGGGUACAGAUUCUCAUUUGCUGGCUGGACAAAAAGAUGGAAACGUAUUUGUAUAUUUAAUAAGUUAGGGUAAGGUGAAAACACAGUGUACUGGAUAUAUUUGGCAUCCUAGUACUUUUUGGAGUUGUAACUGUAAGGAAAGUAUCUGAAUGAUAUUUAAAGUAAUUACUUGUAUUCAUUCAGACAGACUUUGUAUUCUGAUGGUGGGAGCCCUACUGAUUUUUAAUGUUCAUUUAUACAGUGGGGAAAAGGACUUGAGGUUAAUUUUUGUAAUUCCUCUCACUUGUGCAUUUGCUUUUAAAAGUGUACGUAAAGGUUCAAAUGUUUAUAAAUAUUUAUUUUGCGUGCUCUUCUUCCUGGGAGCAUGCCCACACCUUUCUUCCCCUUUUCUUUCUCAGGCGUGCUUUUUCUCCCUAAAGUCAAAGGGUCCCCACGAAACUUGCAACCAGGGGAACCAGGGGAGCAGUGGCCCCUCCUGCUCUAACCCCUGAACCUGUCUCCAAGGCCCUGACUUUUCAAUGAGGCAAAGUAGCCCCACCUAGGCUCUCCUGUUGCUUCUUCUAUCCUAAGCCCUUCCUUGUUUCA